UUCGCACAUUCCAUGAGAUAUGAAUUCGACCUAAAUAUGCAAUUAUACCAUAGACUGGGCUCUUUCUCGCCCGAAGGUGGGGCACAACCCCCCGUUCUCUUCCGCCGAGGGAAAACGAGCGAGGUCCUUGUCACUGACUGUCCGCAAAGCACCGCCCGAUUAACAAGUGCACUGACAACUUCAACUCCCCCCACCCUUAUUCGCUCGACGAUUGUGUCGACUUCCAUGCUGCCGUAUGACGCCUAGACUAUCGCUGCUCGGUUCACCACCAUGAGCGCGCAGCUUCGUGCAGUUGGGGCAAUGGGCCCCCUCGCCCGCCGCACCACCGUUCGUGCGGUCCGACAUUUUCACCAGCUCCCAACCGGCGGCAUCCAGCGGGCCGACCUUGCCGCUCGUGGCUUCCGGAGAUCGCUGCAGUUUCCAGCAAACGCCUACCACAACGCCGUCAUCGUCCGCAAUGCCUCCUUCGUUCGCAUGCUGCCCAAGCUGGCCCUCAAGUUUGCCAGGAUCCCCGCUUUAUUUGGCGGCCUGAUGAUCGGAGGUCUGGGCUGGGUACAGUAUCAGGCCAUCCAGAUCAGUAACUCUACUCAAGAGAUGUACGGCAACAUGAAAACCACCGUCACCUCGACCGCUUCAACUUUGUGGGGAGGCGCCAAGGAUAUCGCUGGGCAGACGAAACAAGGAUGGGACAACACAAAACAACAGUUCGAGGUGUUCGAGAUGCCAGAAUGGCUGGACAAGAUUAUGCGAGGGGAAGGCGAGGCUGCCUCCGGCAAGGGAGGGCCGGGCGGACAGGGCGGGCCGGAACCGCCCAAGCAGAGCAGGUCUGGAGCUGCCGCCGUUGCAGGAGCUUCGGCCGCCGCCUAUGGUCUUGAUCAAUCCGACGAAAACGACGAACGCACGCCCGAGGAGGUCCUCAAAGACGACCACAUGAUGUACAUCACGAAGAAGAUGAUCGAAAUUCGGAACCUCCUCCAAAAGGUUGGCCAAACGAACACCGUCACGCUGCCGUCUAUUGUCGUUAUCGGGUCGCAGUCGUCGGGGAAAAGCUCCGUGUUGGAAGCCAUCGUUGGGCAUGAGUUUCUGCCCAAGGGGAGCAACAUGAUCACUCGGCGGCCUAUCGAGCUCACACUUGUGAACGACCCCGACGCCCGGACUGACUACGGCGAAUUCCCCGAUCUCGGUCUUUCUCGGGUUACCGACUUCUCUCUAAUCCAGAAGACCCUGACAGAGCUUAACCAGUCGGUCCCCGAGUCUCUGUGCGUAACGGACGACCCCAUCCGACUUACCAUUCACUCGCCGGGGAUACCGGACCUGUCGCUUAUCGACCUCCCCGGUUACAUUCAAGUCGCCGGAGAGAACCAACCCCGGGAACUAAAGCGCAAGAUCUCGGAGUUGUGUGACAAGUAUAUCCGGGGCCCCAACAUUAUCCUGGCCAUCUCGGCCGCCGACACCGACCUGGCGAACUCGACCGCCCUGCAAGCCAGUCGCAGGGUAGACCCGCGGGGAGAGAGGACGAUCGGUGUUAUAACCAAGAUGGACCUGGUCGAGCCGGACAAGGGCGCUGAUAUCCUGAGUGACCGGAAAUACCCGCUUAGGCUAGGCUAUGUUGGCGUCAUUUCCAAGCUGCCCACCCAGACAGGUCUCUUCAGGAGGGAGACCGGCAAUCUCUUGGCAGGCAUCGCCCGGAACGAGAGAUCCUUCUUCAACACACACCCUUCCCAGUUUGGGCCGGAAGCCGGGGUCAACACAGGCACAAUAACGCUUCGAAAGAAGCUUAUGCAAGUCCUGGAACAAACCAUGUCCUCUAAAUUGCACGAGACUACCGAAUCCAUCCAGCGAGAGCUCGAGGAAACCACCUAUCAGUUCAAGGUGCAGUACAACGAGCAACCCAUGAGCGCCGAGGCGUACCUGGCCGCAAGCCUGGACGAGUUCAAGCAUCAAUUCCACGCUUUCUCGUCGUCCUUUGGCCGUGCCCAGCUGCAGGAUUUGCUCAAAGCUGCCCUCGACCAAAAAGUCCUUGACCAACUUGCCGCCAGAUACUGGAACAGGCCGGUCGAAGAUCUCUCUGUUGCUCUGCCUGAGCCAGACAACAUUGCCGACCUGCCCAACGCCGACCCGAAGUCGCCUUACUGGCACCGGCAACUCGACACGGCCCUAUCCGGUCUUACUAGGCUCGGUGUGGGUCGUGUCGCAGCAACGGUAGCUUCCAACGCCGUCCAGUCCAACAUUGACAAGCUCCUCGACAAGUCAUCUUUCUCCAAGCACCCGUCAGCCCGCAAGGCCAUUAGCGAAGCCGCCUCUACCGUCCUCGCCGACCGAUCAUACGCCACAAGCGACGGUAUUGAGAUUUCUCUCAAGCCCUACAAGUUUGACCCUGAUAUCCAGCCCAACGAGUGGGAACAGGGCCGUGAGCAUGUCGUUGGUGUGCUCCAGGGCGAGCUGGUACAGUGCCAAUCGGCCAUGAAGAGCCUCGAGAACUCGGUCGGCGGGAGAAAGAAGCUUAAGGAGGUCAUGACCUUCGUUGACAAGGCACGCCGGGGUGAGGUCAUUGUCGAGGGCGACCACCCCAGCGGAGCAGGCGGGUUCAGCGCCGCUCUCCUCGAGCGAGGCCGUGAAGCCGCCUUCCUGCGCGACCGCGCCGACAUCCUCAACAUGCGCAUCCUCGCGUCCAAGUCGCGCAAGUGCAAGGCGCUUGAGAACAAGUACUACUGCCCGGAGGUCUUCCUCGACGCCGUCGCCACCAAGCUCUCCCAGACGGCCGUGCUGUUCCUCAACGUCGAGAUGCUCAACGACUUCUACUCCCGCUUCCCCCGCGAGGUCGAGAGCAAGCUGCACGAGCACAUGGCCGCCGGCGGCCUCGACCGCUUCGCCCGCGAGGACCCCAAGGUCAGGCGCCACCUCGACCUCAUCCACCGCAAGGAGCUGCUCGAGCUGGUCCUGGCCAAGAUCGAGGACCUCAACCGCUUCGGCGGCGGGUCCGGUCGUGGUCCCGCUGGGGCUGGUGGCCGCGAGCUGGCUGAGGCGGGGAAGAGGCGGAGGCGGUUCUUUUAGGUGGGAGUGGGAACGGGGGGUAAAAAAGGAGUGAGAGAGUGAGGUGGGAAGGGAGAGG